UACGUCCAGCGCUGCCCCUGAUGAUUUGCUGUCUUCCUCUUUGUUGUUUGUUGGUGUAGUCUCCCGUGACUAUGUACAGUAGUUGUGUUUUGUGUAUAUGUUAUUACACCGUGCCCGUUUGCUAUUUUAACUUUAAUGUUUGUAUAUUUCUUACACUUUGUACAUAAUCAUACCGCGCCCGUUUUUGAUUUUAGUAGGUUUUGGUUUUUAGUUUAUUUUGCGUCCGGUUUUGAUUUUAGUAGGUUUUUUUUCCACUGUUUCAAUUUAAAUUUUUGUUGCAUCUUUACACAUCACUUUCAAUUUUUCAUGUACUUAUUUUUUCACUUUCUAUUUUCCGUGGUUCUGGGAUUUGUUUCUUUUUUCACUGUAACUUUGUGCUUUAUACAUACAUAUGUUCACUUUAACUUUCUUCACUUUAAUUUUUUUUGUUUCUUAGGUGUCUUUCGGAAAGGCUCGAAGGACCAUUUGCUCACGCUUGGCACUAGUAUACUUACGUGAUAUCGAUACUUCUGCCAAAUAAAAGAACGGAUCGUUCUAUCGCACCCUCUUUAUAAAAGGUUUAUUAAUGUUAUGACUGGUUUUCACUAGGUCAUAUUUGACGUCAAAUGCUGUCAAAAUAAUGAAAACGGAUUGUCAUAUGGUGUCAGUUGCGUUUGCCGGCCUAUUUGCCAACGAACGGCAAUUUAAAUUGACAGCGAAAUGAAAACAAUCAAAAUACGUUAUGUGGCAAUAUUUGACAUCAAAAUUAGAUUUGCCAACAUGUUGGCAAAUUAUUUCCAUUUGCCGCGCGAAUGAUGUGCAAAAAUAAAUAAAAAAGAUUUUUCACUUUUCCAGUUUCAAAAUGGCAGAAGAAAUGAGUGCAAAUACAGAAAUGUUAAUUCCAAGCAUCAAGCGGGUGCGAAAAAUGAACGUAAAGUGGACAGCGGAGGAGACUGAGCAACUAAUUCAAGAAGUGGAGUCAAGGGAAGGAACCUGGAAUUUCCUUUCCGCGGAUUAUCGCGAUAGGAAUUUACGUGAGGCUCAGUGGCAUGAAGUGGCAGAAACACUAAAUAUGCCACGAGCCGAAGUAUCAGCCAAGUGGAACAGCCUUCGUUGUUCUUUUCGCGCGGCCUUCAACCGAAGGUCUCAAACAAAAAGUGGACAAGGUGGUGGAAGAACGCCUACCAUAAACCCACUCUACAAUUCGCUAAAGUUCCUCGAGCCUACAUUAAAUGUUGAAGCGAGCACCACUUCAAAUUUAAUAAAUGACAGCUCGUCGACCCUGACCACUCCAACAAUAUUGUUUGAGUCGGAAACGGUAUCUGGCGAUAUACCACCAACGCCAUCUACAUCACGACCCAAUUUAAGGAAACGUCGUGUUGAAAAAAACGACGAUGGAUACAUUGAAGUAGUUCAACGUGCGCUGGAGACCGUCACAUCUGCUACAAAAACUGAUGCUUGGGAUGAUUUAGGCAACUUUGUGGCAUCAAACGGCCGUGAGUGGGACCAAGAAUCUCCACAACUGGCCAGAGAAUUCAAGCAGGACUUAUGUGAGUUGAUAUUUAACCCUCCAUUACUAACCUUAGGGUCGAAUCGACCCAGACACGCAAACUUUUUAAAUUAACAAAAAAUAAAGAAUAUUUUUUAACGCAAGAUAUAUGUGUAAUCUAAAUUUGUACAUAUUUAAACGUUUAUAAACAAUAAGAAUAAGAAUCAUGUAAAAUAUUAUGCAUAAAAAAUUGUUUUAAAAAAUACCCUGGGUCGAUUAGAUUACAUAAUUGAAAAAUUUUUACAUUAGUCAUUCCAAUUUUUCUUUUUAACAUUUUACUUUUAUAUUUCAGGUUUCAAUUGCACUUUAUUUGAAGUCAAUAUCUUUAAAACUUAUCAUCUUAUGCGGAAUCUAGCUGGAUAACUUUUUUUCACUUUUUUAGCUAUGUUGCAAUGAAUACAAACUUAAUUUCAAUUUAAAUAUAUAAAUUAAUUUUUUAACGCAUCAUUUUAUAAAUUUAACAAUAAAAUACUACAAUAUACUAAAAGACGUAUACGUUUUAGCAAUUUAUAAGUUUAAACGAUUUUAAAAGAUAAUACAAAUGAGGGUCGAUAAGACCCAUGGUUAGUAACCAUGCGACAUGAUUUGAGGUUAGUAAUGCAGGGUUAAGUAUCAGCAGAAAUUCACACGGUAAAAACAGUUGCAGAAUUGUAUAUGUAAUAAAACAUAAUUUUGCUGUUAUUUUAUAGCUCAGCAUAAUGCCGUUUAAAUAUAAAAUCUUUAACUAGUCAAAUGAAAUGAUGUACCUAAUGUUCCUUUUUUAUAUCUUUUUAUAUAUAUUUUUAAAUGAACUUAGUAUUUUUAUAGUUCUUUCACGGACAUAUAUCGCGCUGUCUGCUAGUCUACCUAAAACACUGCUUGGCCGAACUGAUGGAAGCAUUCCAUUUUCCCCCAACUCCAUUCGCCAAUUACCUGGAUCGGUAAUGCCAUUUGUGUCUUUGUCUACGUCAGACAUUCGUAUAUAUAUAGACUUGCGUAUUAAUAGGUAAUUAUGUAAUACACAAAUCGCGAGGACAAUAACUGUCGCAUGUUCGGGAGUAACGUCCAUUGGUCUUCUGAGGAUCCGAAAACGCGAUGCACAAAUGCCAAACACAUUUUCCACCACAUUUCUUCUCUGGAUAGCCUAUAAUUAAAUAUUUUGUACGACAUCACUUGAUUGCGGAAGCUGAAUGGUUUCAUUAAGUAUGUUUUUAAAGGAAAAGCGUCGUCAGCUACAAUGACAAAUGGCAUUUCAUCACUUUCAUGUGGAAGUGACUUCGCUGGCGGAAAAUUUAAUCUGUUUUCUGCAAGUCCCGUCGAAAGAGCACAUCUGAAAAAUAAUAAUGUUUUUUAGUUAUUAACGUUCAAUGAUAUUAUUUUAUAUUAGUUUUACCUUGCGAAAACGCCUCCAUCAGAUUCCCGACCAUAAGCUCCAACUUCAACAAAUAAAAAUUUAUAGUCGGCAUCAACCAUAGCCAUCAAAACGAUGCUAUUGUAUUUCUUGUAGUUGAAAUACUCAGAACGGCAGUUCGCAGGCGCCUGAAUCGCUAUAUGUUUCCCAUCCAACGCACCGCAACAAUUAGGGAAAUUCCAUCGCUGGUAAAAACGUUCCGCUAUUUCUGUCCAUUCCUCAUGAGUGUUUGGAACCUUAUUAGAAAAUAUUUUAUAUUUUAUCACUGACUAACGUGAAUAAGCAUGAAUACUCACUUUUAAAAACUCGUGCCUUAAAGCUUUAAAAAUUGCACUACACGUGUUAUGCACUAUAUGGCAGAUGGUAGUUUUCCCCAAUAGAAAAACACUCAUCAAAUUCGAGAAGUUAUCACCUGUGGCUAAAUAGCGUAGUGUUACCGCCAGUCUUUCACCGACCGAGAUCGCUUCACGGAAUCGUGUGUUUCUUUUGUAAAUAUAUGGAGUAAGACGCACCACUAAAAAAUCGAAAUCUUCCAGAGUCAUCCUCAGGAAGUUCUUCAACCUCUUUGGGUCCUGAGAAACCAGCUUGGAUCGAAGUGUGGAGUAAAAUCCACUGGUGCAACGAUUCCUUAAUCCUGGUCUAAUCCACCACUGCUUUGGUUUCCUUUGCUGAGUCCUUUUCUUUUUCUAAGCUUUUAAUGACGUUAUAAGACAUAACGCCGCAGUUACUAUUGUAAUUUUUCUAUUUUUAUUCAUUUUUACACUUUCACGCACUUAUUUAAAAAUAAUUAUAUCUUCAAUUUAACAGCUGUCAAAAUUGCCUGUUCACAAUUGCCUGUUCACAAUUGCCUAUUCACAAUUGACAUAAAUGAAAACAGGUGGUCAAUCAUCUGACACCAACAAUUGACGACAGUUUUUGAAAGGCACUGCAGUAUCGACAUUCGGUCAGUUUGGAUGUUGUAAUGAAAACGCAUUUGCCACCAAAAGCACAGCUGUUCGUUUAGGCAGUUUUUGAUGUCAAUUAUUUUGACCUAGUGAAAACCAGGCAUUAGUUACACAAUAUAUAUAUAUAAGUAUAAUAUAUGUAUAUUCCUUUUUGUUUUUUCGCGAAACCCACUGUGGUACACUGUUGGCGCACUCGGUGCUUCACUUCACUCCCGUCAUUUGGUGGUUUAACAUAUAUAAAAAAAGGAAAUUGUGGUGGUUGUUGCGGAUAAUAAAAAAAGAUGAAAAACUGAAUAUCGCUGACGACUGUUUUGCUUCACGGAUGAAAGCGGUAAGAGCCCGAUCCCGGUCGGAUCAAUCCCUUUUGAUGGUUUGGGUGGUGAAUGUUAGCUGAUUAUGAGUCGUCUCGUUGAUAAUCGUGUGGUUGUUGUGUUGUAGUGUUGUAGUAAUGAGCGGUGUUAAGUACUGUUGUGUGAUGAGGUGUUGUGACGUGACGUGAGGUGAUGCGAUGUGGGAUGUUGCGGAACAUUCAUAGCUCAUGUGAACAUAUACAUAUGUAUAAUAAUUUCAUUUCUUUUUAAGAUUUCAAAAUGCGAAAGAACA